GAAAAUUUGGCGCCUUGCACAUUUUGACUUUACCAACACAAACACGUGUGAACUUCAGUCAUCACACCAAAAUAUGCCAAAACGACGCUUUUUUGUUGCGUUUUUUAGACAAUGAAUACUUCGAUUGCUUUAUUUUGUUUCAAUAUUUUCGUAAAAGCAGAAAUUAGGUGUUUUGAUUAUCUGUGAAGGACUCCACAACAAACCAAAGUCUCUUGGAAUCGACAUGGCGACUGCCUSCACAGACCUUGCAGACGUCACUCGGCAUUGUAUGAUGCUAACGUCGGAUAAAGCAAAAGAAAGAAAAGACUCCUCUGCAGCUCUGCAACGUCUCCUCAACCAGCARCACAUCAGAGCAGCCAUUGAUAACAACACAGAUAGCAGAAGGAAAUCAUCCCUCACAUGGGAAGUUGUGUUCUCAAGAGCCAAGGAGUUUGUUCUCAUUGAGCUUGAACAUCUUGAGAGUCUCUCUGCCAAGAAAGGUGGAGCUGAAGUUGCUGGAUCCACAAAAACUAGCAGAAUGAACAAGAUUGCUGCUGCGACAUCCUUCAUCAGCUUUGUGAUUAAAGUGGCAGAUCAGAGUAAGUCUAUGUUAAUUAUUUUCUUGAUUGUGUUAUCAAAUUACCAUUUAUACGAAUAA